GUCACAUCACAACAAACCAAGAAGCCUGUUGUGCCACACUCUCACAACGCCAACACAAUGCCUCACACAGCCACGUCAGAUGGCGAAGACAGGCCCCUGCUGUCCGAUUCCCGACCCCGGGAUGAGACAUACGGGACCGAAGAAGCCGCCGGCGUGCCUCACGAUGAUGAGCAGCCGCCGCAGCAGCAGGGGCAGGGCGGGGGCUUCGCGCGGAACCUGGGCGCCCUGGACGCCUUUGCUAUCAUCAUCAGCAUUGUGAUUGGCUCAGGUAUCUUUACGUCGCCAGGGUCGAUCGACACCAACGUGCCCUCGCCGGGGGCCGCGCUGGCCGUGUGGCUCGUGGGCGGCGUGCUCGCCUGGACCGGCGCGGCCACCAUGGCCGAGCUGGGCACCGCCAUCCCGGGCGAGGGCGGCGUGCAGCCCUACCUGAAAUACAUCUACGGCGACGUGUUUGGCCACCUGGCCGCCUGGACCUGGGUCGUCGCCGUCAUGCCCGCCACCCUCGCCAUCCUGAGCAUCGUGUUUGUGGAGUCCAUCUUCUCCGCCGCCGGCGUGACCGACCGCGCCGCGAGCCCCUGGCACAAGCUGCUCUCGGUGCUCAUCAUGGUCGUCAUGAACCUGGCCAACUCCAUCAGCACGCGCGCCAGCACCCGCCUCAACAGGUUCUUCGUCACCACCAAGUUCGUCAGCAUUUCUGCCGUCGUGCUGGCCGGGCUCGUCGUGCUCGCCGUGCGCCUGGCCCGGGGCCCGGAGGGGGAGGUCGGCGGCGGCGACUGGGCCCGGCGGGGCUGGUUCGCCGCCCGCGACACCGUGGCCCCCGACGGCAGCGUCAUCACCCACUGGCAGGACGUCGGCACCUGGCAGCUGCUGGGCCACCUGUCCGCCGCGCUGUACGGCGCCCUCUGGGCCUACUCGGGCUGGGAGAAGGGCAUCUACGUCUCGGCCGAGCUGUCCGACCCCGUCGCGCAGCUCCCGCUCGCCAUCAACACCGCCAUCCCGACCAUCAUCGCCUGCUUCCUCGCCGCGAAUGCCGCGUACUACGUCCUGCUGCCCUGGGACGUCGUGUCCACGACAGACAGCGUCGCCGUGACCGCCAUCACCCGCCUCCUCGGCCGCGGCUUCGGCAUCGUGGCCGCCAUCCUCAUCUGCCUCGUCGUCGCCGGCUCGCUGCUCGGCAACUCCUUCGUGGCCGGCCGCAUGGCCGUCGCGGCGGCCAACGCGGACUGGCUGCCCCCGGCCUUCGCCGAGCUCGGCCACUUCGGUCCGAACAAGCCCCGCCGUGGUGACGGCGACGGGAACGGCGACGGAAACGGCGACGGCGACAGUGACCCGUCCGAGGGGGGCUCCGACGCGCCCCUGAACGCCAUCCUCCUCAACACCCUCGUCUCCGCCGUGUUCAUCUUCCUGGGCGACUUCCGCUCGCUGCUGACCUUCAACGGCCUGGGCGAGUACACCUUCUUCUUCCUCACCGUCCUCGGCGCUGUUGUGCUCCGCCUCCGCGAGCCGGGCCUGCGCAGGCCCUAUAAGCCGCUGCCGGUCGUCCCGGUCAUCUUCACCCUGGUCAGCGGGUUCGUGCUGGUCCGUGGCGCCGUGUUUGCGCCGGUGCCUGCGCUGGUGCUGGUGGCUGUGUGGGCUGUCGGCGUCGUGUUUUAUGUAGUGAGGAGGAGGCAUGCUGCGAGGGCGCGGCAGGUGGGUGGGUAUUAGGACGGACGGGAAAAGUCUUUGCUCUCUUGCUUUUAGUCUUGGGUCUGAGAGGGUGUUUUUGCGCGGAGAGUGUCACUACUGGGUACACUGACUAGACCGGGGCUUGAUUUGAGUGUCUGCUACGCGGCAACAGUAUCUGUGUAGUGAAUCAUGUCGGGAACCAUUCAAAUCACUCA